GAUUUGGAAUAUUACGUUACAGUCCAGCAGGAAAAUGGCGACUGUCAUUCAUAAUCCUCUAAAAUCGCUUGGUGACCAGUUCUACAGGGAGGCGAUUGAACACUGUCGCAGCUACAAUGCCCGCCUCUGUGCAGAACGCAGCGUUCGCAUGCCCUUCCUGGACUCGCAAACUGGUGUCGCACAGAACAACUGCUACAUCUGGAUGGAAAAGCGACACCGCCAACCAGGCCAGGCAGCGGGACAGAUGUAUACAUACCCUGCUAGAUGCUGGAGAAAGAAGAAGCGGCUCCACCCUCCCCUGGAUCCACAGCUCCGCCUGUGUGAGCUUCGACUAGAAGCUGAGCUGGCCCCCAAGCGUGAGGUCCCACCAGGGGAGGCCACAGCCUUGGAGGCCCUCCUGAGGGGGGACAACCUGCUAGAGAAAAAAAACAACAUCUGUAAAGAAGAGGAGACCCUGCUGGAAAUACAGAGAGUUCUUGAGGCGGAGGAAAAUGGUGAUGGUUUCCACGAUGAUGAAGACUUUGAACUUGACACUCCAAAGAGAAAGAACAGAAACAGAGGCAAAAACAGAGGAUCCAGUCGCAGAAGGACAGAACCUGUAAACACGGACGACCAGGACAAACCUUACGUCUGUGACAACAGAUACAAACAAAAGCAUAACUCAAAAAAGGCCGAAGAAGUCUGUGGAAAGCGCUACAAAAACCGGCCUGGCCUGAGCUACCACUACACCCACACUCACCUGGCAGAGGAGGAGGGUGAGGAGGAGAAGGAAACAGAGAUUGCCCCAUCCCCUCCACGGUACUCCGACAACCACAAACCUCAGAAAGCCGCAGACGGCUCCAUCAUCCCGAACGAUUACUGUGACUUCUGCCUGGGAGACCAGGACUCCAACAGGAAGACGGGCCAGGCUGAGGAGCUGGUGUCCUGCUCCGACUGUGGACGCUCAGGUCACCCUACAUGUCUGCAGUUCACUGACAACAUGAUGCAGGCAGUGAGGACGUACCAGUGGCAGUGUAUAGAGUGCAAGUCCUGCAGCCUGUGUGGCACCUCGGAGAAUGAUGACCAGCUGCUGUUCUGUGACGACUGCGACAGAGGAUACCACAUGUACUGCCUGAAGCCUCCAAUGACCCAGCCUCCAGAAGGGAGCUGGAGCUGUCACCUGUGUCUGGACAUGCUUAAAGACAAAGCCUCAGCAUACGGAGAAGCAUAACUCCCCAGACCUCAACACUCACGUAUUCAUAUGAAAUGAAUUUUUACCUUCAAAUUGUUUUGACAUACCCACACAUUCACAGAAACUUUCUCUCAGACAGAAUCAAACACACACACACACACACACACACACACACACACACACACACACACACACACACACUUACUUCAGUGCAUUAGCAGGCUCAGGUCGGUUUCCUGUGCGAGGCGCAGAGAUGCUCCCCUCUCAUACAGCUGAGCAGAAGUCCAGAUGUAUCAGCUUCAGCAUGCAAUCUCCACCUUAAGUCAUCUAACAGCAGGCCUGCCAUUCAGUCAUUUCUCUACCUCACCACUCAGCUAAUGGCAAGACGCCAAAGCAACACUGUGUAGUACAUUCAGAUGUUUGAGAUUUUGAACCAAACGUGACUUUUUUUUUUUUUUUUUUUUUGGUCUGUGUUGGGUUAAAAUUCAUUUGAGUUGGAGUUGGAAGAGGUUUUGUGCUGUUCAAGCUCUGCAAUGAGAGAACCUAAGUGGGUUUGACUGAUGUUUGUUUAAAUUACUCCAUCCAGCUCUCCUCCUCUCCUGUGUUUACACUCUACACUGACAUUCCCGUUUUAUUUCUGGACAGACUCAAUGGUUGUUAUGCUAUCAUUCACAGGUUUUGUCAAGCCUGGUGAAAGUUAACUCCAGAGGCUAAGCGGACACAUAGCUAUGAAACAGCCUGGAGUAUAGUUCAUGUUGGCAUUUUUAACCCACAUCUGUUUUGUUGUAUCCUUGCAGGUUACAAUGGUGCUAAAUUUGACACUUUACAAAAAAUUAUAGAAGGUCUUUACAUAGAAAAAAAACACUUAUUUAUUUUUUAAAACGGUCUAAUGUUACUGUCAAUGAGAUCAUUGGUACUGUAUAUCAGUGGUUCCCAAACUAUUUCUGUCAUGCUUCACUUUAUAAGCUGAUGAAAUGGUUGUCCCUCAGUCAUGUCACACCAAAACAUUUAUUGAAACAAUUUUUUUUAACUGAUAACAAUAAUGGGGGAGUUAGUGACACAGUGAGAGUAAACACACUGAAACAACAGCAGUAACACUUUUUUUGUAUUUUCAAAGAAGGAUCAGGUGUUCAAAUGAGAUAAAUCACUUACAUUAACUUCAAACUUACCGUCAAAGUCAUCGUCUUCACAUUUUCGGAUUUGACUCAAAAUGUUGACAGGUUGAAGCAGUGUUCACUCCUAGCGUGUCGUCUUGUAGGUACUUGAUUCAGAGAUAUUUCUUUCACCACAGAGACUUUUUUAUAGUGGGAAAGCACAGGUUGAACUAAUUACUUCCGUAAAUAUUGGUGGUGGUUCAACUAAGGCCAGCAAGAAUGAUGUGCUCAUGCUGUACAAUUUGGUUGUCAAGCACUAACUCAGAACCCACACUGUACAUGUUAAAUCAGGACAGAGCAUUGGCAUCUGUCAAUAAAGUUUCCUUUGAAAACUCCCACCAAUGGAAGUUGAAAUCAGAUGUAUUUCAGUUGCGUCAUAUGCACAGCUCAAAUCCACACGUUUACUCUCAUAUGCACACACUAAGCAUCACCUACAAACACUAGCUAACUAGAAAGCUAAACCAUAACAAGUAUUCCCUGAUAGCUGGUGGUAAGCAGCUAUUUCCUGCCACUUUUUUGAAAACUGGCAUUCCUGUUGUUUCCAUGGUGCUUUCAGGCGCUGUCUUCCAGGUUUAAUUGGGUCAGUGUCAAUUAGGGGGAAAAAAAGCCCUGAAGUCAGGGAGUUGGCUCGUGUUCACUGUGCAAGAUUAUGCAGUUGUAUGACCACAACAUCAAACAUGCCACACAUCCAACCGGUCAUGAGCAGCUGAUGGGCCCUCAUGCACUCCUGUAUUCUGUACGGCAAAAGACGCGCGAUUUUAUUGAAAAUCGGCCCGACUUCAAAAUAAGUCAUGCAACUCAAAAAUAGCCACAAAAAAAGCCCCUGUUCUCACACAGAACAUGCAGCUAACAAUGAUAGUAAAAUACAAUUAACAGAUACAAUUGUAUUUUUUUUAACAGCAUGCAUAGGCUCCAUAAUAUCUAGAAUUUUAUUUAUCUUCCUAGCUAAGUAACACUAUCUAAGUGAACUGGUUAAAAAAAUAGGAAUACAAUCACCCACUGACUUUUUAAUGUCUCCACCUUACUAAUUAUAAACAAAAACUCUGUAAGAGCACACUGAACAGCACAUGGUAGCCUAGUUGUUAGGUGAUACAGUAAAAUGUAAAGAAAAAAAAUACUUAUGUCCAAACUUUAGCUAAAACUUUCCAUGUACCUAGCUAAAAGUUAACCUACUCCCCCAAUAAUACAAAGCCAUAAUGAAAUAGUAUUCUUGUAUUAAAGGGUUGAGCUGCUAUCCCUGGUAGCUCCUUAAUCUCUGAUACAAUUGCAUUUACUACUGUGUCCCACAUCCUGAAUAAAAAAACUUGCUUUGGCAUUAGCGUGAUUCUAGAUAACAGCUGUUGGUGGCAAACUAGUAAGCAGUACAUGCUAAUGUUUGGAGUCUGUUUUUGUCCUCUGUAUUUUUGGUUCCCAAACCUGGACAAGUCAGCCAUACCUACUCACAUUUGCUUAAGGGCCUUUGUCCACAGACAGUGCUUUUUGCACCCACAACCUCUGCUUUCAGAGUGCUUCUCACCUGCACUCAUUGUUGCUAGGUGAUGAAAGAUAAUUUCUGAUUCCCCCUGUAAUGUCAUUAGGGUGCGUUUCAGAUAGCUCUGUGUGCUUAGCAUUUGCGUUAAUUCAAGGAAAAUUCACCAAGAAAACCUAAAACCAGUGUAAAGGAGUCAUGUCCUGGCAUUGGGAGCAGCUCUAGACCUAUAAAUUGUUCCCUCUAAAAGACAAAUCAAACUAGCAUCUCCUCAUAAAUUGUUGUUGACAAACUAUUAUCGGAAGUCGUGUCCAUUCUUGAUUUUGAUUGGUUGGUUUGGGAGAAGUGACAUUGACAAGUGCAGUGCUGUUCCAAGAGUUGACCUGUUUUCAACUGACAGCACUGCUAGCGCAGAGACAAAGAACAACUGACACUGAGGCCGUUUUUGUGCUCAGUAUGCUGAGCACUACAUUGGUUUUGUAUUGAAAACGGGCGAUGCAAGUGCAAAAUAAACUGUUUGUAGACACAGGCCCUUAAUGAUUGGACGAGCAUUGCUUUGGGGAGGGGUUUAGUGAAUUGGCAAUUGAUUAAACAUUGACGCAUUUGACGGACAUUACAAAAAGAUCUGCUGAGAUACCUCCCCCCCUGAGAUACCUCUGUGCCCUCCAGAGGGCCCCAUCCCACAGUUUGGGAACCAUUCCUGUUGACUAACAAGUGCAGUGUGUUCAUUAUCAACCAUUGAUUUGUAACUUAUUAUGGACAAACAGUCUAUACAUGUUAACUGUACUUAAGAGUGAGUUGUUUCUGAAAGUUGGCACUGAUUUAAGUCCUGUUAGAACCAGAUAUAAUUUGGUCAUUAAUAAUUGCCAAGUAAACUGUUGAAUUGGUUUCACAGAAAAUGUAUUACUAAAAUCUGCAAAUCUCUAUUCAUGUAAUUCAUUUAACUAAAGAACAUUUAGCAACACUAACGUCAUGCCCUCUAAACAAAAGCUUAUUUAUGAAAACACCAAGAUUCUAAACUAAACUCGAUGUACACAGUGUGUGUAAGCCUUGACAGGAUAUCACACACUGCAUUUUGUUUUGUUAUUUUUUUUACUGAGUUUGUAUUUGAUAUUGCUUUUCCACUGACAAUCAUGAGCUAGCAUAGAUACAGUACAUCUUGUUUAUAAUAUGCAGAUGGUUUUAUUGUGCUUUUUUAUGUUGAGUAUAGUGACACUUAAUGUCUUCCUUUUAAAUAAACGUAUUGGAUUUCAUUCUCAUUUGGUACAUUCAACUGCAGUGAUUCAAAAUGUGUGUUGUGUUUUGUAAAUGUUUUGUUUUGUGAUUAAAUAAAGACUUUUACACAAAGA